AUGGGCUGGUUGUACAGGAUGGACUGCCACUUGGCUGAGCCGCUAACCCGCUCGCUGGAGGAGCUCAAGCGCAUGGGUAUCCGCGUCCUUGCUGCCGAGAACCAGUUCUCGCAACCGGUCGCACAGCACCCACCACCAGGCCGCGACUGGGCGCUCGUGGUCGGGCACGAGGGCCGGGGCAUCUCGGCCGCGGUGGUGGCGGCCAGCGACGCCUGCGUCUGCGUCCCGCAGGAGCAGGGGAUGUGCCUCAACGUGUCGCACGCCGCGGCCAUUUGUAUGUACGAGCUCUCCAGGGGCUACCUCGGCGCCGGCGGCGCAGGUGGGCUCUGA